CCAAGGAAAGCACGUACUUUGUAGGAUCUAUAGUACAAACAAAUCGCGGUCCGAGACAUAUUUACAAUCUUGCAUCACUAACAAGACUAGACACGACACAACAACAGCAGCAACAGCAUCGCAAUACAACAGACCAAACCACUCGACACSAUGAAGCUUCUUUCCAACCUCUUGAUCCUUUCCGCCAUCGCCGGUGCGAGCGAGGGAUUCUCUGUGGUGCCGGCAGGCACCAAAGCGACGGCUUCCAGCACGGAACUCAGAGCAGAAACUGGACGCCGGGAGAUGGUYGCCGCCACCCUKGCAGCGGGAGCCGCGGUGCUUCCGUUCGGACAGGCCGCCGUUGCCGCGUAUGUUCCGCAGGUCAACGACAUGAAACAGAUAUACUGUGCGUUCCGGUGAAUCGAAUUGAAAUCGAAUCGAAUCGAAUCGAAUCGAAUCGAAUCGAAUUGCCCUGCCUUCUUUCGUUUCGAUGAUGCGUGUUCUGCCUCGCCGUUGGCGUUUGUUUGGUGGAGUUUGAUGGACAUGGAUGGUGUGCCGAUGACGGAGGUUCAACUCUGGGGGGAAGCAAGAACGAAUCGAAUCGAAUCGAAUCGAACUGAUUUAAGCAAAGCAGGACGACGCAACGAUUCUGUUUUGUUUGUGCUUUCGUGUCGUUGGGACGGGACCUAUCAAAAACGGAAGGGAAGCAUCGUUAUUGAUCUUUGGAUCGCSUGAAAUUCCUUCCGUGCGUUCCGUGCUGCGUUGUUGUUUUGCCCCGUAGAACACCAAUUGCGCAAAUGGAUCACCGCAUCGCGCCUCUCACAAAUCGUUUUCUUUCAUGGGUUUCUUGGUCGUCGUGUGGAUGUUUUUCUUGGAAUCGUCGGCACCACGAUUGUUUGUUCGAUCCGUAUUAUUGGACGGGGGAUGGACCGUGGGUUCGGCUGAAUUCGAAAACUUAAAAAUGUUGCAUCACGGGAUGACCUAUCCGAAUGCAAUGGUUCGGGUAAUGRCGACGAAUGCAUGCCAUGCUAUCCUUAUACAUUGAACAUGUUGGCACAGUCCUCGGAGAAUCCCUCGACAAAUUGAUUGCCAAGCUCGAGGACCCUAGCCAGAUGGAAGCGGCACUUACUGGCGUGAAGCAAUUCAACAAGGAUCCCGAUUUCUACAGUACCUACACCCGCAAUUUCAUCCUGAAGUCCAUCAAGAAGGGUGCCGACAGCGAUCCCCGGGUCGGAUACAUCAAGCAGGCCUCGGCGCUGAUCAGCUCGCUGGAAGGAGUCCUCACCGGUGGAGACGCCCUCAUGAACGAGAAAUCCACCAGCGCCGAGGCCGUGGCAAGGGUGAAGAAGGCCCAGGCACUGAUCGCGAAAUUCAUCGACGAAUGCGGCGUCGAGGAUCCAAAGCUCGCGGCGUUCGUGUCCUCUCACAAAUAAACACACAUAGAAUAGAUGGGGUGGUGUGCGUCGCAUUGCUUCGGUUCAUUGCGAGGUGGACCUCGGUGCAGCAUUGCGGCGUGGCGCUUGUCGGCGUCCUAAAAUGUCAUAGUAAUACAUAAUGUCAUCGGCCCAAUCAUCRAUCCAUUAUCAAUCRUCGUUUGCAAGAAACAUAGAAAUUGCGMUACCUCUCUCUCCCAUAUUUGACCACGAUGUAAUCAURAUAUUCACUCUCSGGCUCCUUUUGAAUCAGAACGAGAAGAAGUGUUUAAUUGGGUGUCCAAGAGAAAGUAUGAUGAACAACUCAACAGAAAAGGCCCCCUGAAUUUAAGACGCAAUACAGUUACUAAUAGAAAAUUGUCCCUCUCAUGGCACCAUAUUGAUGCUAGGAUGUUUCUCUCUACAACAAGUCACCAGAACCAUCUAUGACCCUCUCUCAAGGUGCUGGCGCCGCCACGAGGACAGCAAAUAAUGUCCAGUUCCACUCUCUUUGCUGGUAGCACCUUUUAUCGUUGUCAAUUAAAAACAAAGAGAGGCACACCAAGAGUUUUUGGCCCAGGCAUGCCCCCUUGAGACAAGAAGCAUACAGAACACAAUAUUUAUUCCAGCAAAGAUAGCCGGCAAGAAGACAGCAUCUGGUUGAGGAGGACGAUCAAGUAGAUGGGUUGGGCAGUGAGGCCGGUACUGCAAACUACUUGGAAGAGGAGUUUGUCUCAUUGAUUAUCCUCAUCAAGCAGAUCAUACUAGUACUACCAAUUGAUAAAGGAGGCUGGCUCAUGGUGGUUCACAGACAUGAUGGAUAGAGCUAUCCUUGUGGAAGAACCAAGGAUUCCAUUAGGAACAAAUUCAAUUGUUUGUGGAGACAGAAGGCACCUACUAGAAAUCCAAUUGUGCCAGAGUCUUUCCAGCUUCUUGCAAGAGAGGCCCAUUGCUUGAUUGGUAUCACAGCAAACCUUAGUAGAUCUGGAGAGGAAUAUUUUGAUCCACAGAAGGGUUUUAUCAAUGAUGAGGAUGUUGACAACUUGGAGGAGUGGGAUCUUCAUCUCCAAAAACAGUAGUACUACUAGCACAGAGCAAUGGGGAGGAACCCAUUGUGACCACCACUGUCACUCCAGCAGCAAGAAAUGAGUCAUUUCAGU